AUCUUAGAAUCGCGGUUCAGUGAAGUCGUAGAAUGGGGAAGCAUUUUCAAGCAUGUUGAGCUGUUCUUUGAUCACUAAAUGGAGGCCUCUUGCAGCAAGAGGGUAGUGGUGUGAAUUUCUUAAGCUGAAUCAGGUGUUUAUUGGUGUUUCAGUUGGAUUUGACGGUGGCCCUCUCGAUCGCUCGCCGGAGAUAAACCAAGUAGCUCCGUCGUUUAGCUGCUACAGCCAUGUCCUCCGACACUGUACCACCUCUCAUUGCUGCUCAUAUCAAUUACCUGCUCAGCCACUUUCCUCUCCCCGUCAAGAUUGAGAACAUGUGGUCUGGCAGUAGACACUGCCCUGGAAUUAUUGAUAGGUUCACGCUGAUCGUACCUUACUGCCUUGAAUUCGUCAGAUGGGACAUCAUGUACAAUGCUGAAACACCAUUUUCUGCUCCUGAUAUUAUGUUUGGAGCAGAAGAUGAAAAUUUCCAUCCAUUCUCAAGUAAGGUUGAUGAAGGAGAACGAGAUCAUAAUUCAUUACAGAACUGUCUACGUGACUGGAACAGCAAAGAUCCAUCACGGCUCACUAGCCUCCUUCAAGAACUAAGGGAUCGAUAUGUGUCGUACCAAAGGAAACGUGUUGAAGGAGUUGAUGAUGAAAGAUUGAAGUUUGAACUUUGUACUAUGUUAUCUAGGGAGGUAAUGUUCUUCAUUAUAAGGUUUGAUAGACUGUUAACUCUAACUUGGUGAUCACUUGCAUUAACCUAUGAAUUUGAGGGGUGAGGUACUGGGCUCGGUGUCUUGAUAAUAUUAUCUUACUGGAUGCCGGUAGAGGUGUAUAAAACUUUUUAUUUUCAUCUUUGGAAUCCGAAUGAGACAAUUGCUGCCACGGCCAGAUAAUUAUUCCAGAUUUUUCACGCUUGAAAAAAUCUUAGGGUAGAAGUUUAACCAUCCU